AUGGAGCUGAAGCGAAGUGGAAUACCAGCACUCCUGGCCAUACCAGCGCUGCUGUGGUUUGCACUUUGUUGCACUUUUCUCCAGGCGCUUUGCUUGCUGCUUUGGGCGGCUGGCCUGGUAAAGGAGUAUACGGAGGCCAUCAGAUUUCUGCUCAGCGUGAUGCAUAGGCCCUUCCUCUACUUGAUGCAAUAUUCUGGCAGCAGGGUCUUUGUCUACACUGCGCAGGGUGACGUCCAGUCCAGCAUCUUGAAGACGAUUGGCUUUGAUCAAUCUUUGAUCUUCUCAAACCAUCGUGGAGACUUGGAUUGGCUGAUUGGGUUGAUGGUGGAGGACAACGGCGGAGGCUUAGGCCGGGCACCAGGGGCCCUUCGAUCCCAUAUCGAAUUGUCCUUGAGGUGCAUUUCAUUGAUCUCGACUGCCAGUGCCAAUCGCCAUCCAUUUGCCAAGGUUAUAAACGGCAGCAUGACUAUCGACAAUGGGCGAUACCCUAUACUUUGA